AAGGAAACAAAGACACCUUUUAUUUUUUAAUCAAUUGCCUAUUUCCCAAAUUAUGAAUUUAACAAGAAGUUAAUUUUCAUGAAAGAUUAAAUUUAAUCGUAUAAAACUUUCCAAAUACAUUAUGCCACCAAAAUCAAAAAAGGCCAUACAACUUCGCAAAGAAAUAAAUGGUGCUGUAAACAAGAAUGACUUACUUAUCAUCCAGGCUCUUCUAGAACUCAAUAAGCCUUCGACCCUGAUAGAGAUAGUAAAGCAACUGGGCCUUGGAACUAAUCAAUCGCAGACUGACCAGCCUGAUUUUAUUGAGACCGUGUCCGACACCCUUCAAAAGGCGGUGACAUGUGGAUUUAUUCAGAUGAUUGACAAACGCUUUUACCUUUAUCCCAUCACCGUCACCAAAUCUAUGAAAGCUAUUUCCGGCGACUACGAUCGCUCUAGGUCCAAACGAGUCAAUCGAAAUACUUGGAACACCUGCAAAACUAUCACGGGCCUUACGUUCCGGGAUGGCGUCAUCAUUGCCAUCGACAUCCGGAGGAAAACCAGCUCCAAGAUUCCCUCUGGUCGUUCAAAGGAGAUAUUUCGCCUGCAAGACAACAUCUACGCUGCUGGAGUUGGCUUCGCAGAUGAUAAAAAAACACUGGCAGAUCUCCUUCAUGCAAAGCUGGACCGCCAUCGGAUGAAGAUGGGUAGAGAGGUUCCAGUUGUGUGUGCUAAUCAAAUAAUUAAACAGCUGUUUUACCGCUUUAAGCGUACAAACCGUAUGGACUGGAUAAUCGCCGGCGUGGACAGGGGUAGACCUUCAAUUUUUGGUAUCCGUUUUAGCGGCUCCAAUAGGCCUGGCCCUUACGUAGCGCUGGGAUUGGGUGAGGCGGGCGCCAUUGCUACGCUAGAGUCGCGCUGGAAAGAAAACUUGCCCGAAGAGGAAGCGAAGCUUUUGGCUAUUGAUGCGGUGCGUGCUGCCAUCCAAACCGAUCGGGGCAAACAGAGACAAGCCGGCUCGACUGUCCAUUUCUGCAUCAUCCGCAGUGACUACUUGGUAAAGCAGGGAUACAAGGCCAUUGUCGAGAUGGCCAACCGCAUACGGUAUAAAAGGAUGCGGAAUAAGUAGUUCCCUGACAUUGGCCAAUGGGCCUUCCCUAAUGAGGGAUAACUUCCCUAGACCGACUAUUAACUAUCAGGGACAUUAUAAGCUAUAUUUAAAAAAUCCCACAAUAAUUAUUUUGUUUAAGUUUUUAGAAUAAUCAUUUCUGAUAAUAUUUAUCUUUAUUAAUUAUUAUUAAUAAUUAUCAAUAAUUGUAAAUGCCUUGACCAAACCAAGAUGA